AUGGCCGCGAGCGAACGCACCGAUCCGCUCACGAACGAAGCGCCCGACGGACCCCGCCUGACCCGCUUCGACUGGGACAAGAUCGCCGCGGAGGAGGCGGCCAAGUUGGAGCUCGAGGAGCGCGAGGAGGCGGAGGCUGCGAAGAGGACGAAGGGGGCGGAUGCUUCGAGUCGCGACGCGCCCAGGUCCGCGGCGGAGGCGGAGGAGCGCCGCAAGCGCGAGGCGCUGCGUGAGGCGAAGAACGCGUGGCUCGAGAGGGACGCCGCAGAUCUCGCCGCCAAGCUCGUCGUCGGCGAGGGCGAGCGCGGCGCCAAGCCGCGCACGAUCUCAUCCGCAGAUCUCGGCGAUGGCAAGAACGCGGUGCACGUCAAGGGCGCCACCGACUGCGUCUUCGUGAUCGAUUCAUCCGUGCGAUGCGCCAAGAUUUUCGUCGAGGACUGCGUUCGAUGCGAGGUGAGGGUCGCCGCGGUCGUCGUGACGCAGCACGCGGAGAUCUGGGGAUGCGUCGACUGCACGAUCGACGUCACAACACAGCUGGCGACGAUCCAGGCGGAUGGGUGCGUGGGACUCCGCGUUCGCUACGCCGAGCUCGCGCACUUCGGAGCCAUCGUCCACGCCACGUGGACCUGGUGGCGGCGCAAGCCGACGCCGACGCCGCGCACGACGCCUUGA